UGGAUAGUACAUACAUGUUCAACUUAGAAGGUCUCAUUCCUAAACUUUGUCAAUUGGCUCAAGAAGUGGGAGAUGAUGAAAGAGCUGUAUGCCCACGUUCAGUUAGAAUCCAAGCUCUCGCAAACAUGGUGUGGUUCAUGGGUGAGCAAUCACAUAUCUCAAUGGAAAUUGACAAUAUUAUUUCAAGUGACUUUGGAGUACUAUCUCAAUCUUCAAAUGAAACCAAAGGAUGGUAAGGAAGCGAGGCAACGUUCUCAAUCUCAGGACCAGUGGGUUCAAAGGGUGCUUAAAGAAGAAUCUCAUGGCUCAUCUUUUCUAGAUAGGAGUAAGAGGUUUUCUUCUCUCCAGAACCCUGUGACUAAUCCUAAUUUGUAUUCAACAAUUGAUACUUCCAAGAACCUCUCUUACUCUUAUUGGUUCAAAGUUUGCUUGAAUAAUAUAGCCAAGUUGGCUAAGGAAGCUACAACAAUGAGGCAUGUGCUUGAACCCCUUUUCCAUCAGAUACAGGAGUUGCCUGUUGUGUUAUAUUGUACUUAUAGUCAUUUUUGGAGGAAUCAGGUUACAUAUGGAAUCUUAAUGCUCCAUCUUGCUGCAAUUACGUUUUUAUUAGUUUUUCUGUGAACAUAAUUGA